AUCUCUUGUUCAAGGCGGAUUGGUAGGGAUAAAGCAGGAUAUUGGAGAAAUAGAAAACUCCCCAGAAGCUGAAAUGAGAUAUCUCUGAUUGCAGGAAAUAUUAGUAUUUUAUACGGAGAGGGCGGAAACACUUGAGUUUAAUUAAAUCGUAUCGAAAUAAUGGCUGUAAUAUAGAUUAAAUCAGGGCAUGCUGUUUUAUUUCGUUCCUACUUUGAGCCAAUGAAGAUCACGUUAACAUUCUUGAAGGAUUGAUGAGCUGAUUGAAUAAUUAUUUUUGUACAGAUGAUUUAAGAUUGUUCGUAUUAGUUUUACAAGCUAAUAUCGCUACAUUUUACCUAAUAAAAAUUUGUUAUUUACAAAACUUUAGAUUAAAGAAAUUAAACCCUAACUAAUGAUCCAAAGCGGAUAAAUAGUUGGUUUUAAAGAUAAUGUACUGAGAGUUUAACAGAUCUAUAUGGAUGAUAUGAAUAUAUGGAUCUUAUUGUUAAUUUUAAGUGGAAAUAACACAUGGAGACCUGACAGGGAUAAAUUAUCAUCAUACCUUUAAAUUUAUCGACCCUGAUUUCUCUAUGUAAAGAUAAAUAGAUUAAUUAACCAUAUUUGAUUAUUGUAAGAUAGUAUCUGAUGAAAGAUGUCUGGGCUUUCUGGAAUAGGAGUGUUUUGGGCAUUUUCGUCCUUUAUCUCGUCUGUGACUUUGUGUGUCGGAUAUUUUAUGCCAUACUGGAUAACUGGACAAAUUUUUAUUCAGAACAACGGAAAAUCAGGACAAACUGUUCCCGUAAGUUUUGGAAUAUUUCGUCGAUGUAACUACCCGACAAUAAAUGACAAAGGACAACUUGAAAUAGUUCAUGAAUGUGGACGAUACAAAACUUUCACGGACAUUCCAAGCACGUCGUGGCAGAUAGCAACUCUUAUAAUUGGACUAGCGUGUUGUUUGUGCCUUCUUGUCUCACUAACUGCUAUGUUUGGUGUUUGUGUCAAAGGUGUCGUCAUCCCGACGGUAGCACGGACGGCGGGAAUACUUCAGUUAUGUUCAGGCUUAUUACUGACAACAGCGGUUGCGAUUUAUCCAAAUGGUUUUGGAAGUCUGGAGGUACAGCAAGCUUGUGGGAAUAAAUCAAAAUCUUACCAUUUAGGUAACUGUUCGUUAUCUUGGUGUUUAUACAUCACGUGUGCAGGUGUGGGCGUUACUUUUGUUUGUUCAGCUCUCGCUUACCACGCACCGAAACGGAAACAAAUCGUGAGAGGACAUGCAAUGUAGCAUAGACAUGGAUAACUACUUUUUAUAAAUUAUUUUAUAAAAAUGGCGCUCAAACUCCAGCCACAUGCAAUAGCAAACUCUAUGUUGGUGGCCCAGUUCAUGUCAGUUAAGAGGAUCUGGGUUUAAAUUUCGGCCAAUGUUUCGAGAACCACAAGAAUGCUAAUUGUUGAAUACCCAACACCGUCAGUCUAUUGGUGCAGUAUAUGACAAGGAUAAUACUUUUUUGAGAUAUCUGAUAUUAUACUCUUUUGUGAUAUAUAAUCUUGCGUGCAAUAAUGUUAUUGUAUGUUGGGCAGUGUCUUUCUAGUACAUUUUGUGCAAGACAGACGGCCAAAAAACGAUUAACAUUUACAUGGAUAUAUUUGUGAUCCACUGAGGAGAAUUUUUCAAAAUUAUCAAGAGUUAUGAAGAUAAUACCAUAGUGCAGUCUCAUAUAUUAUAAAGAAUGGGAUAACAAAUAUUCUUCAAGUGAAUCAUCAUAACAUUUGGUAUGGCUAAAUAUUGAAUAAGUGUCUAAUUUAGUUUACAUGAAGGUGACGCGAAAAGAGAUAAAUUGUAACUACUUAUAUAAAUAUAUCUCAAAGACGGAACAUAUCACCUUAAAUUGUGUCAUCUUGAAUAAACUCCUGACCGCCUAGAACACGAAAUUCUAGGUUUUAGAUAUGGCGUAUUCCUAACUGUGAUAACCGGGUGUGACUUCUCUUAUUUGAUUUAAAGUAUUUUUCUUUUCUUAAUGUGAUUUAUUAACAAAUUAUUAUAAAUAUAUAAUGACUAAAACAUCAAAAAAAAAAUGAAAACAAAUUUCAUUAUAAAUUUAUCAAAUUAAUGUGAAUAUAUUACAACCUAUAAGGUAAACCCUAUUUAAAUGAAUAUUGACCCUAUUCUAGCGUUCAUUUAUUAAUUCAUAUACAACCUUGACCGAAUUUCAUAGUUUUAUACCACAUUUAUAACAGUAUGUGACACCUUAUUAAGAAAACCACAUUGCUAUGCAUAAUAUAAUAUAAUAUGCUAAAAUAUAACAAAUUGUUGUAUACGCUCUAGAUAAAAGUAGUAAAAUUGAACCACGAAGUUUUAAUAUUCGACAUGAAUUAAUCAUAUGCAUUUAAUUGAAACAAAAUUAAUUACCAUUUCAAAUUAUUAAUUAAAUCGUCAAGAAUAAUUGAAAUUGGAUUUGUUCAAAACUGAAUAAAUAGUGAAUCUUUGUAAAAAAAUCUUAGUAAACAUGUAAACAUAUCUUAGUAAACAUAUAUUUAUAAAAAUGUAUGAGGCUACCGUUUUACCAGUAAUUACAUAUACUCCGGCGGAUUCAUUUAUUUUUUCGAAAAAAAAUGCAUGUGCUUCAUUCUCGAUAUAAAUACAGAUAUGAUGUUUGUUGUUCGUACAUUUUUAUUGUAGAAUUCUUACAAUGUAACAAAUAAGUACUGUAAUUUCUAGUACAAAACUCCUAUGUACCUAUAAUUCAAAGGUAUUUAUUUAUAUACCCUUUGAUAUAAAGAGGGGAAAUAAACAUUUUUUCGGAAAAAAAAUCAGGUUAAUGACAUAUGUAUUACAUUUCAAAGUAGUGACCAACCUUUAUUGUUACUGAUAUGUUACAAAGGAGACGUUAAAUGCAUCAAAAUAUGAUCGUUUGUUUCAAGUAUAAUGUUGAUAGAUAAAAAAGAC